GACACCACAGCAUAGAGAAAAGGAGAGAGACAGGGGAGAGAAAUGGUGCCGGACCCACUGAUACCACAGCAAUGACUUACUACACUCACAGUGUGGAUUACAAAAGUCUUUCACCUGGAGUUUGGAGACACGUGAUUUAUUGAAUUUUGGAAUUGUUUCUCUGGUGGCUAAAUGCUUCCUUUGGGCAAAAUGCACUCCAGAGCAAAAUCACGGAGCUGUGACAACUACCUGUGUAUAAAGGACGCUGAGUCUUUGGACAACUGUAUCCAGAGCACUUUGUCUGCCCUGUACCGUCCCUUCAGUGCCACUGCUGUCACCGUCCUCUGGCAGCUGUUCAGCGUGGUGGAGAGGCAAUAUCGUGGAGACGGACUCCGCUGCCUCAUCGACUUCUUGCUUCCUGCCAAGAGGAUCCUACAGAUCAUACAGAAAGAAACCUGUGUAAAGUUCAGAGGCUUGCUCUUUUAUCAUGAGGGAUGGCCUCUUUGCAUCCAUGAGAAAGUUGUCCUGCAGCUUGCACCUCUGCAUAAAGUCAGAUUAAAGCAAGGAGAUUUCUACCUACAAAUUGUUCCUUUAGGACGCAAGGCUGCCAAGCUAGUGAUAAAAUGUUUGUCGAUCAGUGGGCAGGCCAUUGCAGAAAUCCCUAUUUCAGAGAGCAUGUACGGCAGCAUCUUCACAGCUGAGUUCUUACAGAAUGUAACACGUGACCGAAACCUGCAUCCGCUACAGAACUGUCUGCUUACCACUGGUACGGCUGUGUUCAGGACACCGUGGAAGAACGUGGCCAACCCGCUCUUUGUCAGCAACACAGCAGACGCUAUAAUGCAAGCGCACUGCAGCCGAGGUGGUUUCCGUGCCCAUCUCAGCACUUGCAGCACCAGCGGAUCUACGGGGACUCUGGACAGCCAUCGCAGCUCCAGAGAGUCCCUGCAUUCUCAGGGAGCUGAUUCCAUUUUCUCUGAGCCCAACUCCCCGAACAGAAACCGCAUGGACUCUAGCAGUGAGAGUCAUAGCACCAGCACAGCUGACAAUGCUAUACCCAAGAUUAAAAUAAAAAGUCUCACUGAGGAGUGUGGUACAGGAAAGGGCGGUGAGGACAGCAGUGCAAGAGAGGGAGGACUGGGGUCCAAGAUGCUCUCUUUCAGCACAGACCUCAGUAACCCAGGCCCUCGGCGCCGUCUCCACAGAGACUCUGCAACUUUUGAGACCAGGAGACUUUUCAGAAAAUCUUACAUGGAAGCACUACAGAAUCCCAUGACCCUUGGGUCGAGCUCUGAAUCCAUCUUGGAGGAGAGCUCAGAGCAUAGUGCUACCCUAAGAGAGAGAACUGUGACACCGGGUAACAGUCCCGACACGCAGACCUCCUCCAGAGAACAUUCAUCGCGGAGGUUAGGUAGCCGGGGAUGGCUCAGCAGUGAUGACUCCAGACCCAGCACACCUUUACUUUACUUACAGAGAGGUUUGCGGAGUGCUGAGAGACGAGCAGAAAGGCGCUCCAAGUCACUGGAGAGGACUAACAAAGCAGGCCAGGUUAAAGGCCACCGGGAACGAUCUUCUUCUGGAGGAUCAGCCGGAAUUUCACCCAAAAAACUAAACUAUGCUUUUCGUUUUGGAAAGCUAGAUGUGGAGGCCAUAAUUCCUGGAAUUGAGAGGAGAAACAGCAAGGAUGAGUCGGGACAGCGUAACGACAGCCUGAACAGUGAAAGCAGGCGGCACAGAGCUAGUGGAGAAGAGUCACACAGUCCCAAAGCUGCAAAUGGGACAACAAUCAGAGUGGCCUCGGUACAAAGCUCAUCAUGUGACUAUAAUUUAACCUUCCCCAAACUGGUGUCAGAGGUCAAUCAGGAGCUGCUCACAUCAGCGGCUGUGAUUCUGCCAGGGACCAGAGACCGUAGUGGGAGAGCAGUGGUGCAGGUGUGCACAAGAGCUCCAUUGUGGGCAAGUGAGACCUGCACCGUCCACGAUCUGACGUGCUUACUUAGCUACUACUACUCAACUCUGCGGAAAGAAAGGCGUGAUCAAGGUAUAACUGUUGUAAUAGACUGCAGAAGGCAGCAGCCUGUUCCAGCUCUGUUGUCAUCGCUGUCUGAGUUUCAGACUUUAAUACCACAUGCACUUUACUCAGUUCUGUUCCUGUCGGACAAGGAGGUAGCAAGCAAACCCGAGAGAGACAUCAGUGUACAGACAGAAACCGUGUCAUCUUUGAAGGCCCUGCUGAAGUACAUUGACCAAACCCAGCUCACACGAGACCUGGAGGGCACCUUCCACUACGAUCACAACCACUGGAUCCAGUUCAGACAGAAAAUCGAACCUUUUGCCGCCAGCUGUAGUGCGGCCAUCACCUCCCUUCAGGAGUCUAUUAGCUCACUGAGCGCCAGCAGCAACCUAAAGACCUCUAAGGAGGUGUCUGAGGUGUUAGAAAAGCAGAAGCAUCUCAUGAAGUGUGUACUAGAUGACACCUGUCUAAACCGACUCCGUCUGGAAGGUGGAACUGUACUUGCCCGUAUCAGGAAGGAAGAAGCCUGCGACAAUGAAAACUACAGGGACACUGUCGACAUGUUAAAUGCACUCUACAAUCAAGUAGAUGAAGAAGUUCAUAAGCUUGUGAUCCUUUCAAACAAGUCACAGAAGCAGUUAGAGAGCUUGCUGGAGGCGCACAGGUUUGACGAGCAAACUCAGCAGAUCAAACUUUGGUUCAGUGUAGCGGGAGAGAAGCAGCUUGCGCCUUUGGAAUCAUUAACUCUGUCUGCAGCCAAAAUAAAGGAGAUGAGAGAGAGCAUGAGCCAAUUUCUGGAGGAAUCAGUGAACCAGCAGAGACGUGGCCUGCAGCUGGUCAAAGAAUCUCCAGAGGCCCUUCCAGAGGUUCUUCUCGACUUUAAACAACAUCUGGGGUCCAUUUUGAGCAGAGUUGAGCAAAGGAAGGCCAAGCUAGAUAUCCUAGCCAACCUGUAUGAGUUCUAUGAUUCGGCAAACCAGUGGAUGGAUCACUGUCAGGAUUACUUCCAUCAACUGAGUAUGGCGAGCCCAGGGGGAAGAUUUUCGCCCUCUGUGGUGCAGGUCCUACAGGAUUACUGCACUGAAGCAUCCAAAUUCUCCAUGGAAAACUUCAGCACGCUUAAUGACAUGGUGCUUUCACUGGAGUCUCCUGAGCAGCUGCAGCAGUGGAACGCCGUGUGGCACAAAUGUAAACAGACCAAGCAGCAGCUGGAAGAGACUUUGGCUCGAGCCACGGCAGCAGCUCAGGACUCAACAGCUGCCGAUACGCCGGAUUCUCUGAAGCCUGCAGAAGUUCAGAUCAUCACUCCAGAGCAGCGUGGAGCUAAUGGAUGUGUGCGUUUACCUGGAGCAAUUAAGCCAUUAAAUUUUGAGGACAACAAAAAUCUCUCUGUCAGGCCUUUUUCCAAGAGUCCCACAAGUUCAAUCUCCUCUUCAUCACACUUCACUUUCUCCCCCGACAGCGAGAGCAAACUGAGACAGAGCCCACCCAUGUUUGAUGACACAGACAGCGACUGCACUAUCGACUCGAUCGUCUCCUGCCGCUCCGAGCCCAUCUACUCUGGAGCCUCCCGGGUGCGCAAGCAACCCAUGAAAAAGAUCAUGAAGAAGACCAUGAGCCAUGAGCUAUCCCCGAGAGACAGCACCCACUCAGAUGUCAGUCACAUUCACGGAUAUACAGGCGUCUACAUUAAGGGUUUGGAGGUGACCAAUAACGUGUCUGCAGAGAAGAAGCUGCAGAGACCUGAUGUGAUGAGCCCCACGCUAGGCCGCAGCCGCAGCAUGUCUACGCCCUGCAGGAUCCAUACCAGGCGCAGCGAUGGAGAUGGAAAGAAACAGAGCAGUAAGGUGCAGCACAUCAUGGACGAAAUGAUUUCCACAGAGAGGGAGUACGUUCGCUCACUCAGCUACAUCAUUGAGCACUAUUUCCCCGAAAUGGAGCGCCUCGAUUUGCCUCAGGACCUGCGGGGGAAACGGAGCAUCAUUUUUGGGAAUGUGGAGAAAUUGUGGGACUUCCACAGCCAGUAUUUCUUAAAAGAGCUGGAGGCGUGCACCCAAUCCCCGCUGUCCAUCAGUAGCUGUUUUCUGCGGCAUGAGGAUCAGUUUGGAAUGUAUGCUCUGUACAGCAAAAAUAAGCCGCAGUCCGACGCUUUGCUCAGCAGCCACGGGAACGAAUUCUUUAAGAAUAAGCAGAUGGAGCUUGGGGAUAAGAUGGACCUGGCAUCCUACUUGCUGAAGCCCAUUCAGAGGAUGAGUAAAUAUGCACUGUUGCUCAAAGACCUGAUAAAAGAGUGCAGCCAGUCCCAGGAGCAGGAGCUGAGUGACCUUCGCACUGCAGAAGAGAUGGUCAAGUUUCAGCUCCGCCAUGGGAAUGAUCUGUUGGCUAUGGAUGCCAUUCGAGGAUGUGAUGUGAACCUGAAAGAACAGGGUCAACUCCGCUGCCAGGAUGAGUUCAUGGUCUGGUGUGGUCGCAGGAAAUACCUCCGCCAAGUCUUCUUGUUUGAAGACCUCAUCCUCUUCAGUAAGACCAAGAAGAUAGAGGGAGGAUAUGACAUUUACAUCUACAAACAGUCUUUCAAAACAGCAGAGAUAGGCAUGACUGAAAAUGUCGGUGACAGCGGCCUACGCUUUGAGAUCUGGUUCCGUCGGAGGAAGUCACAAGACACGUUUAUACUCCAAGCCAGCUCUGCAGAGGUCAAGGCAGUGUGGACAACUAUUAUUGGGAAGAUUCUGUGGAGGCAGGCGCUCAGAAACAGAGAGCUGCGCAUGCAGGAGAUGGUGUCUAUGGGAAUUGGAAGCAAACCGUUCAUGGACAUCAAGCCAAGUGACGCAGCUAUCAGUGACAGAGCCAUUGAGUAUACCAUGAAGGGCGCAGAGUCGAGGACGAGAGCGUCCAUCGCAGUGUCCUCAUUUGAACACGUGGCCUCGUUCAAGAGGCCUCACUCCACAAUCUCCAACAGCAGCACCUCCUCCUCCAGCAGCCAGUCGUCCUCCUCCCUGCUGGGCUCCCUCAAUCUCCACCUAUACUCCUCACCCUCUCACCCGCACACACUUUCGCACCCAACAGGCAGCGUUCCCUCCUUUACCCAGUGGCCCUAUGACUGCAUAGAGGAAGAUGAGCUGGAGCAGGACACCGUGAGCCAGCCCUCCAUGAUCAUUGAGAGCUCUGAGACAUCCUCUCAGUGUACAUCCAGUGAAAGUGUGACAGGACUGAAUACGCUCGCCAUACCCGGGCACACCAACGCCACCAUGGACUCUUACAACAACAAUGAGUCCUCUUCUUUCCUCUGCUCCACCACACCUCCAUCCUCCAUAGCAGAGCCCUCGAUUUUCCAGAAAGAUGAAGACCUCCAGCCCCAAGGCACCAAGUUUAUCACAGCAAGCAAGACCUCUCAUAUAGCAGUAGGCCUGUCUACAUUGGUCUGACUCAGAGCUGAGGGGUUUUAGCUCACUUUGAGGUCUGCAGGAGGCAGCAGCUUGUACUUCACGGCGAGGAGACGGGAAAGAUAAGCGGAUUAAAGCUUCACAGCACUACAACUUUAAUGACUAAAAUGCAACUUAUUACAUGACAUUUCGUUACAAUACUGUAAAUGUAUAACUGACACAUAAUAUACGCUGUCGUGAUGGUACGUCAGAGGUCUGUACAUUUUUUUUGUAAGCUAGCCAUGUGUUUAUACUGUAGAUGUAUUUUACAAAACAAAACAUAGCUGACCAAUCCCGACAAUGUUGUACUGUCGCACUUCUCUUGCAGUCAGUCCUUGUACAGAAGAUUAAAAUGUUUUAAACACGUGGUUGUAUUU